UUAAAACAAUUUAUCGUUUCUUUCCUAUUUAUUUCUAUUAACCAAUCAAAAGUUAACUGAUAAAAUUGAUUAGCCGAAAACGACAUAUCUAUUCUACUCGUUUAAUGAUUGGUUAAAUAAAGUAACAAGUUAUAAUUGGAAGCAAAAAGAAAAACCUCUCAGGGGAAGGCACAUGAAAUAAACAAGAAAUUGGUAAGAAAAGUUUAACAGAGAUUCUGAAAAAAAAAUUGACAAAUAUUUACUGGUAGAAAAAUUAACCUAUCUGUUGAAUUACAGAUAUAACAUUAUGAAAUGAUCAUGGGGGAUAACAUACAUAGAUGCAUGAAUAUAGAUUUACUUAACCAAAUAGUCAAAUACAUAUACACAAAUAAAGAAGUAAUAUUUGUGACUCAUUAGUUUAUCAGUCAAUUAUCAUUCAGAGUAUUAUAUUUCACUAGUCAUUAUUUUUUAUUAUAAUCAACAUUAUUAAUUCAUUAUAUCAUAUGUAAUAAUAAUAAUAAUAAUAAUAAUUAUUAUUAUUAUUACUAUUACUGUUAUUGACAUUAUUAUUACUACUACGACUACUGCUACUACUACUGUCGUCAUUAUCAUUAGUCUAAUCAAAAAUUUAUUACUUUAUACACUGAAAUAAAUCAUUUCAUAAAAUUCUCAUCAAUCAUCCAUUCAACAAAUCUAUUCCGAUAAUUGAAGGAAGAAAGGACAUCCACAAAGCAUCUGACAAUCGGUUGAUUCUGAAAAAAAACAUUUCAAUGUCAUAAUAAUAAUUUACACAUAUUUUUGGAUCUAUUUUGAAUACAUUACCUAAUGAAUACUGUUUACUUCAUUAUGUAUACAUAUGCAUUUGUAAAACACUUCAGCUGAAUACUAAAGAAGUUCAUUAUUCCUAGAGUUGAAGUACUAAUUAUUCUUUGUAAAUAACUUCACUAUAUCACAUCAAAUUCAUUAUUACAAUUUCAAUCAUCUUCUUUAUUGAUAUAAGUGUCAUUAGUUUCAUUAAUAUUUUUUAUUCAAUAAUCGGAAAGAGAAUAAAAACAAAUUCAUUAUGUUUCCAAUGGAUAAUCGUCUUGGUCUUAAUUCUGCAUUUGAUAAUCUAUUUCCACGUUCAUUAAGUUCUUGUAUAACUAAUCCAUCACAUGUAGAUACAUUUCGAUCUGAAUGGAAUAGUAAUAAUAAUAAUAUUAGUAAUACUUUAACUCAAAAUACACUACCUAAUAAUAAUAAUGGUAAUAAUCUGCAACUUACUAAUAAUCCACAAUUACAUUCGAAUACACAAUUGAAUUUACGUCAACCUUCGUUAUCUACUUGUAAUAAUGAAUUCUCAAAUCCUACAAUCUCAGUAUCAUCGUCAAGAGCAAAUGUUUUAGCUGCAGCAUUUUUUGCUAAUUCUCUUACAGAUACAAAUCAAACUAAUUCACAAAUUUAUCAAAAUCCUGGAUUUUCGAAUACUUUUACUGGAUCAAUGAAUAUUACUAGUUCUAAUAAAAGUAAUAAUAUACAUAAUAUUAACAGUAAUGAUAAUCAUAAUAAUGAUAACAAUGUUUAUAAUAUGAAAAUGAAUAGUUUUCGAUCACGUUCAGAAUUUGACCAUUUCGAUAUUGGGUCAAAUACUUCUCAUCCCAUUGACUUGUUUACUAAUUCUACCCAUUUUCCUUUACCUGGUACGAAUAUGAGUAAUAAUACAACAAUAAGUAAUACUAUUAAUAGCAGCAAUAAUCAACUUGGUCCUAGUAAUUCAUUACACUUAAUUUCCUCGGCUCACAAUAAUAAUAAUGCCAACGUAGAAUCACCUUACAAUAAAUCAAAUCAACCAUGUGAAAUGGGUGCAUUUCAUCCACUGGUUUCAAAUUAUUCACCGAUUAAUUUGUUGAAUUCAUCAAUACGAUAUCCUUUACGACAUUCUACUUCAGAUAUUACAAAUGCUGGAAGUCAACGUAUUGAUACAUCAAAUCCAUUUUUAGAUUUUCAUAAUCCUAAUUCUACAUCACUUACUAAUACAUCUAUGGUAAAUUCAGAAAUAAAUAACACCGUUAAUUCGUUAGAUAAUCAAACAAUUGAUUCACAUUUCAAAUCUAAUUACAAACAUUUUACAAACAAAACGGCAGCUGCUGCAGUAGCAAUGGAAACUGCUUCUGUCAGUGGUAUGAAUAUUACUGGUUACAAUAAUGCUAGUCUUAAUAUAACAUCACCUGAAAUGAUACGACAUAUGGGACAGAAUAUGACAGUUACAUCAUCAAAUAAUGCAGCAGUUGCUGUGGCCGCGAUUGCUGCCGCCGCAGCUGCUACAAAUUAUAUGGUGGCUAAUACUGGAAUGUCUAAUUUUGGUGUUUCUUCACAUUUAAAUUUAAGUGGACAUAGCAGAGAAUCCGGCAUAGAUGGUAGUGAUAUGAUAUCACCAUCAUCAACACCGUGCGAAAGGCUGAAUAAACAAAAUAAUAAUAAUCAUCAAAUGGAGAAUAGUGUAAAUAUAGGAAAUCAUCUAAACAGCAGUGGUAGUAAUAAUAGUGUUAGAUCGUCAUUAUCUCCAACACAUAUAUGGCCGUGGAUGACUGUCGUGGGACCAAACUCAGUUCAGCGGCGUCGUGGUCGUCAAACGUACAGUCGGUAUCAAACGUUAGAAUUAGAAAAAGAGUUUCAGUACAGUCACUAUUUAACACGAAGAAGACGAAUCGAAAUAGCUCAUAAUCUCUGUUUAACUGAGCGACAAAUCAAAAUUUGGUUUCAGAAUAGAAGAAUGAAAUUGAAAAAGGAACGCCAACAAAUAAAGGAAUUAAAUGACGAAACAACUCGUCAAACAACUGUAGAUCCAGUGCACCAUAGCCGACGUCAAAUGGGCUCAUCACAUCAGUACUUCGAAAUGAUGAAUUCUAACAACAAUAACAGUUAUUAUUCAACAACUUCUAAUCCAAGCAUUCUUGAUUCAAAAGACAACUGUCAACUUGACUGUAAACCAUUAUCGUUACAUAAGAAAUCAGGUUUGAUCCCAAAGUUACUGAGUAACAAUAUACAAUCAGAUCCGAUCAUUACAGGUGGAUUUUUACCAUCAGCUAAUAGGGGUCUACAAUCAACAGUAAGCUACCCUGGAAGUCAAGGUGGACUUGGUCAGGGGGACUCUGAGGAUUGUGAACCAAUGGAUAGUGAAGAUGAUGAUGAGGAAGAUGAUUUUUGUGAGUCAGAGGACUUUCAAGGACCUAAAGUUCCCAAACUUGCACAUGAAUAUAAUAAUCCUCAUCUAAUGAGAACAAACAUUCUGCGCGACAAAUGAUAUCCAUAGAAACUUAAGCUUUUGUGUUUAGAAGAAAAAGCCAUGAAUACUAUCGAAAACAAGAACAAAUUAGCACACAUGACAUUAUUUUGUUUUGUCUGUAUGAACUUGAACUCUAGUUUUCCUAAUUUUUAUUCUCCCUCUCCAAUUCGUGUUUUAAGUUAAAAUAAACUGCUGUCAGUAAUCCGUGAAACCUGUACCAGCACUUUUACUGCUGGUGCAUAAAACAUAUAAAGGAUUAAAAUGCCAACAUAAUUCCACAACAUUUAAAAACUAUGUUCUACCUGUGUAGUAUCAUGUACCAAAGACCUUUACCAAUUUUCUUAAUUAUGAAACACUACUUUUUAAAUUAAGUAGUAUGAAUAUAAAAGUGUUUUUUAUUUUGACAAAUAAAUUGUAGGACUCAAA